UUCUCUCCUUGCUUUUCAUUAUCUCUCGGAGCCUGAAGGGGAUAUCUUGAAGGUGAUCUGGUUUGGUUUUCUUGGGUUUCCCAUCUCGUUUGAGCUUCUUAUCCCUGUUUAGACACAUUACAGUCCACACAGCAUGUAGGAGGAAUUCACUUUUGAAAGACGUGUAUAAUGCAGGAUCCUGCAGUUCAUUGGCUGCUAGUUUCAUAAUCUUCUCAGGGGUCUGAGGUGUAUAAGAGCGCUUCACUAAACACAUCAUGCAUCAGCAGCCCUGAUCUGUAUAACAUGACCAACAAAGAUACACAACACAAGUGUUCAAACAACAGAAAUAUGAAUGUGGAUGUGGCCAAACCUGAAGCGAAGACUCGAAACAAAGCUCCCCUCAGAGCCACCGGCCCUGGAUCUGGCCCGCCCAAGUUCAAACAGAGGAACAGCCGCCAAUUCAAGAGCAAACCACCAAAGAGGGGCGUCAUUGGCUUUGGAGAGGAGAUCCCAGGAAUGGAAGGGCUUGGCAUUGACAUCACAGUAAUCUGCCCAUGGGAAGCAUAUAGCCAUCUAGAGCUACAUGAACUCGCUCAGUAUGGCAUCAUCUGAGGCUCUUUUCUAAGAACUUUUUUUUAUAUUUAAGAAAGGGAA